CGGAAGGACCUGUGCUAUAUCGUAUGACUAGAGAUGAAGUAUAUCGUUUUAGUGGCCAAGUUAUUAUGUACUUUUUGUGUAUGUAAUGGUAGUGCUCAACCCAUACAGGACCACUAUGUAAAAGAGGACCAUUUAGUCUAUCUGUAAGGGACAUGUUAUUUAGAAUCUUAAGGAGAGGAGUUGAAUUAUUAGUCUAUAUGCCUGUACUUUACCUGCCUGUAUAUUUUAAUGAUUUUUUAAUGCCUACUAAUCUCCUUACCUAGGCAUCUAACAUUGGUAUUUUUCACCUUGACUUAAUAAUAUAUCUUGCUGACCUCAUACCUGCCUCAGCAUUACUAAUAUCCAAGGUAGUUAACAUUGGGAACACUAAAACCUUAACAAAACAAACACACUCCAUCACCAUAUGUACAUACUUAUAAAACACACACAACCUCCCAACAACACAUGCCACACACCUAUUGGAGACUGACAUAAGACAACCAGACACAUCACACUCCACUAAAAUCUUGAGAAAACACACCUCCACACACCCACAGACAAACACACUCCAUCACCAUACAUACAUACUUAUAAAACACACACACCCUCCCAACAACACAUGCCACACACCUAUUGAACACUGACAUAAGACAACCAGGCAUAUCCCACUCCACUAAAAUCUUGACAAAACACACCUCCACACACACUCUACAUACACCUACCACACACCCCUAUCAACACACCACACCACACAACUAACAGACACUAACACGCCUAACCCAACACAUCCCCCUCCCUCCCUGCUGGCCCUCAGACACCCCAGCACUAACCUAACACAACAUAUGGUUUUCUUGGAGUAGUUUCCUCAUCUGCUCGCUGGCCUUGAGUGCCCGGGCGGUGGAGCUUGGCAAGGCUGAGCAGAGCAGUGUUGCGAGGCUGAGCUGCUUCCCCUCACCUGUUGCAGUGUUGUAGUGUCCAUAAAGGCGGCAACGCAAGCCCCUUACACCGCAUGACUCUGCUCUCCUCAUCGCUAGUCCUCCCUGCUCCUAACUAUGGCUGCUUGCCGAAGGAAGGUUGAGGUGGUGGUGGUACUUCUCCUGACGUUGGUGCCCUGGCCCGGCCCCCUAGAGCCUCGGCCAGCAUGCACCAGGGAGAAGGCGGCGCUCGUCAGGAAGCUGGUCAACAAGAGGUGGCUGCCGGUGCUGGACAAGUAUGGGGUCACGCUGCCCCUGGAGUGCCCGCUGCAUGCCGCCCGGGACGUCUUCGCCCAGCAGGAGGCGGCCAAGAUCCACGUGCCGCCCCAGUGGACCUGCGGCCUGUGUGGCAAGGCCUUCUACCACGAGGCACACCUGGACCGCCACCUGGACAACCGCCACGAAGAUUACCUCAACAAUGGUGAGGAUGUGGUGUGCCUUGCGGACUUCUGCGACGUGAUGCGAUGCGAGGUGCUGCUGGAGAGGAUGCGGGACUUUGACGACACCCCCCCCUCGGCCACCGCCCUUGACCUGUGGCACCAACCCCUCCUGCUGUCUUCCCCUGCCAUGCACCAGUCCCAGCCACACACAGACCAAGCGGUGGAGCGAGCACUGCCCCGGAGCCUCAUCAGGUCCUCACACUCAGCCCAGCCAUGGUACCAAUGGACUCGACAGCCCCGCCUCCGACACCACGACCCCCCGCGUCAGCCCCCCGCCAGCCCCCCCACACCCAUCCUGGCGCCUGACCUCUCCGGGGAGCACGAUGGGGAGGAGCGGCGGGGCGUGGUGGAGCAGGGGGAGCCGGGGCAAUGCGAGGGGGAGGAGGGGGACUGCCACACCCCUCCGGAGGACACCAACAACUCUGACUGUUUGGGGCCUGUGCCUCGCCCACCAGACGAAAGUGGCCACGUGACGGGCGGGCCUCGGGAGCUGCCCCUCCACCCCCUGCACUCCUGGCGGGACACCUGCAAUGAGGAACACCUGGCUGAGCUCAGAGUAAAGUGUCAGCAACUCAUUCAGCAGUGCAUUGGAGGUCUUUUGCUUAACCUUACCCUAGAGCAAUUCAAGGAAGUAGAAGGAGCGCUGAGCCGGGCCGUGUGUUGGUACCUGACCUGCGACCGCUAUUGGGAGGCAGGGACCAUGGAGCCGCCAGAGUUCCCGUGGGGCCUCGUGACGGGCCUGGUCCUCCUCCUCACCCUCGGCAUCUCUCUCGCCUACUACAUUGUCUGGGUGCUGUGCGAAAGUCAAGACUCAUACAGUACUUCCAAGACUGAACAUGGCUUUGAAAAGAGGUCUCCGGAUGGCGGCGGAAGCACCCCCGGCAGCGUGAACGAGGCCGGGGACGUCCCACCACUCAGGUCCACCAAACUGAGACACUCGGCCACCACCGAGUCGGAGAGUGAAUGUCGGGACUCCGGCUUCAACGAGGGCCCACCGUACCCCGACGUGAGCGACGCCAGCCACGUCUACAGCGACUUUGACGGACAGUCUUACCGUUCGAGACACUACUCCGAGGACUCCAGGCUCUCGUACGCGCCCGAGGACUAUCCCCACGGCCACAAGUACUACAUCACCGAGGAGAGGAUGUUCAACUACGCCACCACGUUCAUGCCAAACUAUGAACAACGACGACUCAGACGAAACCGCUACAACUACUUAGACGAUUACGAUAAUUAUCAAGAUUUUCCGGAGUCUGAUAAGUAUUACGACACUUCUAGUCUAAGCCGAGAGCACAGCGACAGCUUCAUCUAUGUCUCUUAUCCUCCUGAUGUGAAAAAAAGAUUUAAUGAAAAUAGGUGAUGAAAGAAUUGCGAAUUUUAUCUUUUCGUAUAUUUAAAAUGGCACUGUUUUGCCGAGAGAAUGCCAGUGGAACAGAAGUGUAAGGCUGCAUGAGGGAAGUGCUGCACCUCUGCUGACACAGAAACAAUCAUAUCUUGAGGAAGUGAGGCACUUGGGGUUCAUGCCGAGGUCAGUAACCUGUUUUGUUGACAAGAAUCAUGAUAAAUAUUUUAUAGAUAUGCAGCAAUUUAUGUACUCUAUAAAUUGUCAGCUGAUAUACCUAUAUUAUUUGCUGAUUCUUUUAUAUUAUUUACAUACUACUACAUAGGCUAAAGGCAAAUUUCCACCACAUUACUAUUCCAUUAUUUAUCAGUGUAGAAUGUGAAAUGUAGACCAGACUUAGAAACCUUGUUUAUACAAUAUAACUAACAAGUCUAUCAGAUGUACAGACUAUGUGUGUUGCUAUGGACCAAGACUUACUCAUUAGUUUUUGAAGGCAAACUAGACGUUUUGAUGAUUUGUUACGUGAUGACCUGAGCUGGCUGGUGACUGUGGGAAGGCCCGUGGCGGGAGUACAGAAAAGUCUUGUUUAUUUGACAGUCCAGUUAGGAGGAGGUUCAGUAACAGUUAGGAGGAGGUUCAGUAACAGUUAGGAGGAGGUUCAGUAACAGUUAGGAGGAGGUUCAGUAACAGUUAGGAGGAGGUUCAGUAACAGUUAGGAGGAGGUUCAGUAACAGUUAGGAGGAGGUUCAGUAACAGUUAGGAGGAGGUUCAGUAACAGUUAGGAGGAGGUUCAGUAACAGUUAGGAGGAGGUUCAGUAACAGUUAGGAGGAGGUUCAGUAACAGUUAGGAGGAGGUUCAGUAACAGUGUUCCUAGUCAGGUUUGUUACCCAGAAACCCAGUAUACUGUAUGCCUUGGUAUACCUAUGCAUUUCUUAUGGAGUUAUAAACACAUUUUAUUAAUAAACUUAAAGUCAAGGAGACUUUUAAGGUUAGAAAAAUUACAGGAGAGAAUGGUGAGUUCUGAGUGCUGCCAGGUGCUUGCUCCAUCUACCACUUACCCAACAGGCAAACUUGGUAGAAGUUGGCUUAGAGGAAAGUACAUAAGCCAAGUGUCAUUUUAGCAAGAUUCUUCUGUACUCAAAUGUCCCCAGCUGUUCAUUAUAUGUAGACUACAUGUUCUGCUCCUUCAGUGCUUGUACAUUUUGGGAGCUUGUUUCUAAAUGAGUAGAAGGAUGGGGCGUCUGGGUCUCCCUGUCAAGGUAUUUCAGACAUAAUCCUCAGUUUUGGGAGCACACAGGAAGCAGUCAACAACCAGGCUGUCAGCGGCCCACGGUUUGAUUGUUCUUGACCCUAAAACACUGCUUAUUACUCCCACACCUGAGCUGCUGUAAACACUUGGGCAUCACACACCCGAAAGGAACACGCCAUCUUGUUUACAGCAUUUUGAGACUGUAUAACCAGCAGUGCAUUUUUUAAUACUGACACACAGUUUAAUGUCUCAAGGAACACCGAUGGCAGAGCACAGUGCAAGGUAGCUUGUUGCCAGUGUUCCAUGGUGCAAUGUGCAUGGUGCCACUGUCACUGGACUGGGCAGAGCAGCGGCUAUGUUCGGCUCUGCUUUGUUGCUAUACUGUACAUGGUAUGUGUUACGUUCAUAACUUGUGAGUCUACUUAGAGAAAACUUAUUUUUGUAUUUAGUGGUACUCUAUCACAAAGCGUUUUAGCUGAGUACAAAUACAAUGAAAAGACUCGUUUGUGAUAACCGUUAUGAAGGAAGGUAGAGUGUGGUGUUAGAGUUACACUUCCCACGAGGAGUAUCUAGAGGAAAAUGUAGAUACCUGGAAGUUACGUACGGGGAUAGGCAUACAUUCAUAGUUGGUAGAGCACUCAGCAUUUGUUACAUUGAGACACAGUUAAAGAAGGUGACCAAGGAAGGCAUACACAGCUGAGCAACAUGUUAGCGAGAUGAUCUGUACUUUUCACUCCAUUGUAGCCUUGGUAGUUAGCAUUCAGUCACAGAGGCAAGUACUAACCAGUCCCUGAGAUUCUGGUCCGAGGUUUUGACGGGACUAAACUAGACGCCAUCACUUAUGAAUAACAUUUGCAUUCUACAGCUCCAUUUUUUACACUUUUCAUACAGCAUUGAGAUUUGCUGUUUCAACAUAUACAUGAAUAACAACUUGCGUUUCUUCCAUAACUCUAAGGCUUUUUGAUAACAUUCCACUGGGACUCGUGUGAUGACAUGUCUGGAGGAAAAGGUGUCAUUAGAGAAAUUCCUGUCACCUUCAAGAGACCAAAGAAAACUUAGUAAAUCUUUCACGUGUACAAAAAUAAUCCGUAAAAUGUUUGUAAGCUUCACAUUUCACUGGACUCCUAAGAAUAAGUCCAUCAGAUUUGACACACGUAUUAGACCACUCACAAGAACAAGAGGCUCGUCUCUCAGCUCCACAAUGACUCACCAAAAGGGGUUCUACGAUUUAUUUCUCUGUGGUCCGUCCUUCCUUUAGAUCUGCCAGUACUGUAAUCUAUCUAUGCUAACGCAUGAUUAGUGAAGCAAGAACACUAUAGUUAUUUGCUGUAAAAGGAGGCUUCUGGGUAAACGCUUGCCACCAUUAGCUAACCGGUAAAGCAGGUUGUGUUAGUCAUGUCUUACGGCUGGCUAGAGUUGGCCAGCUUGUUAUAACGCACUGGUCAUUUGUCACAUAUUUGCUAAUAAACUAGACUUUUCAGUAAUGCCUUUGUCUUGUGUGCAUUACAUUACUUGCGGGUGUGUCUGGGCCUGGCAGGGCUGUGCUGGUGCUGGUGUGGAUGUGUGUGUGUGUGUGUGUGUGUGUGUGUGUGUGUUAGACCUGCUAAAUCCUCAUUAUUGAUACCAUAUUUUCCACACACCUUUCUGGUUUUGUCACGGUGUUCUUAGCAUAAGGAAAUACUAAUUCCACAUUCCAUGAGUAAAUGUCAUGCAUUUAGAUACAGAUGCAGAUAGGAACAUUAUUUGUAUAGUAUGUAAUAUUUAUCUAUCAAAAUUUCUUAUGUCUGUAAUUUAAAGAUGUCCCUCACUGAGAAACAGAAAAGGGCUGAGGUUGUGAAGAUUACUAUCGCUGAAAAAUUUCUUUCCCCUAAAGGCUGUAAAAAUACAAUAAAGUGCUAGAUGCAACAGGAGGGCAGACCCACAUACACUGAGGUAAUGUAAUGCACAACACUUUAGUAAGUUUGAGCAAUAAGUAGAUAGCACUGUAGUGUAGCUGCAUGCAGGCUGUGAGAAAGAAGAGCUGCAGUUAGCCUAAAGGUCUCUUAGUUCUGCUGACCAUAACCUGCAACUCUACUCCCCAGCCGUGGACGUGAGGGUAUGAAUGUCACCUCAGGGGAUAUAUACUUCAAACACAAAAUUACUAUGUGAAAAUAAAUACAAAAAUGUCCUUACUCAGAAAUUCAUGAUCUUCAAAUUCAAAUUGAGUGUGAGCAUUGGAUCACUCACAUAGGAUAAUUAUUGUUUUUAAGUGAGAAAGGCAUUUAUGCCUAACAAUGUUUUCUUGAGCUUGAUAAUUCUAGUUAUGUACUUAACGUAUCUGGCCUUGCAAGAUGGGACUGUUUUCUUAUUGUGUAGGGGACAGCAGAGAUGUAUGUUGUGUGUUGCACCAUUAGCCUUGUUUUGAAAAAUGAAUAGGUGUAAGCUUGACCUCCAUGCUAGACUAGCCUUAAUGUAAUCAGUUUUAUGCACCAAUUAGUGGACACGGGAUCUUCUGAGGGUAAAAGUCUUGGACGACAAACAUCCGAGUCAGGUCAUGGCCAGCUCCUGCCUUCUUACUGUAAUAUGUACCAAGUAUGAUGAAUAUACAAAGACCUGUGGUGAUAAUACUUAUCGUUAUUCAGGUUAAUUUGCUGCCAAACAUACACUGCUUGCUGAAUGAUAUGCUGUUGCCCUGGUGCACUGGGCUAAGGUACAUCUCAGGAGUGCCUCACCUCUCAACUUAAGUGCUAUUUGCAAGCAUCUCUGUUCAUGUGUUAGGGUCCUCCAAGGAUGGACCAUGGACAAUACAGGUAGGUUGUGAUGCAAAAAGUGUACAUUAAACACUUCAUUCAUGGGUACUGGUGAGUCUUGUACUUUUAUUGCCUGGUGAAUGUCACAAGAUAAAAUAUCCUGUUGUACUUUCAAAGAUUAAUAGUACGUAAUGUAUAUGGUGUAUACAGAAUGUUACUGGGCGAGGUGUGCCCCUACUGUGUGAGGGAACACCACACUCAGUAUCACAGUUUUUGCAUAAAAUAUUCCUCAACUGAGUCAAAAGAAGCUGCAUUAAAAAGUGUAACUACAAUCGUGACUUUGUGAAUGCUGUCUGACACACUCAAGUUUAGGUAUGACAAUACUGUAAAAUAACUAUCACUAUACACGUACUACAUUGUUCACAUGACAAAAUCUGUUAUGUUAAUCCACAAGCACAACACUGCUCUCUGUGUUAGAAGGGUACAUGAAGCCAAGCACUCAUGCAGCACUGGACACAAAUAUGAUCACAAAAUUUGUCUCUUGCAGUUUCAUCCUAUUAUGAACCCUUGUAACACAUAAUACCAAGGAAUGAACAGUGAAUGAAAGAAAUAUAAUUGUUACUCAAA